AUGGACGCCCCCGAAGCCCAACAUUCGCCUUUCAUGCCCAUGUUCGAGACCUUCCGCGCCGAAUUGGACGAACACCACGAUCGCCGUGAACGCACCAUCAAAGCAUCGCGAGACAUUACUGCUGCAUCAAAAAAGAUAAUCCGCAAACUCGCUCAACCACUCCCCGCACAUGUCAACAAGAACAACGCGCAAUACUACGAUAUCAUCAAGGAACGCUACAACACAGUCUCCGCUGAGCUGCAAGGAGUCAAUGCCUGGAGAUAUGCACGCAACAUCACUGGUGGCAACCAAGAAUACAUGGAAGCCGCCAUUUUCCAGCACUACCUGACCACUGGCACACUACUCACAUACGAAGACUCGGUCGAGCAAUUGCGCACACUGGGAGGAGAAGGCGGUCCCAUACAACUCACAGUCGAGGAUUACUUGCUGGGCGUAUUCGACAUGACGGGCGAACUAAUGCGCUUCUCCAUCACCACAAUGGCUACAGAUGGAAAGCUACCUUCAGUGGACUCGAGUGAUGCGGUUGCAGGAGACAAAAUGGACGUGGAUGCACAAGCCGCCAUCGGUAGCCACAGAGAUGUGCUUACGGAUUUGCGUGCUCUGCGUUCAGAGCUCGAAGGCUUGAAUGUGGGCUUCGGCAGUUCGUUCGCUCGUGAUGUGGAUAAGAAGAUGGAUGUCAUGCAGACUAGUGUGGAAAAAGUGGAGAGGGCCUUGUAUGGUCUGGUGAUACGUGGUAGGGAGAGGCCAAAGGGCUGGAUGCCUGAUCUCGACUCUGGUCCACGCCGAGAUGUCGAAGUCGAUGCUUGA